AUGAGUGCAUCGGUGGUGACCAGCGAGACCAACCCCCGCAGCCAGGAGGGGGCAUGCAAGGCUAUUGCGGCGUGUACUGGGGCUAGUAACUUCAACCUUGGGCCCUUCCUUGCUGGACUUCUGGAGAAAUACAUAUCGGGCAACCAGAAAAUUCAGGGCUUCGGUGUGGAGUGCUUGGCGAAGGCGAUCGAAGGGCAGGAGGGCCUGUCGAAGGAGGUGAUGGAAGGUGUAUGUGGGCAUGCCAAGGGUCUGUUGAAGCCGCCUAAGGGGAAGAAGAUGCCAGCUAAAGGGGUCACCAACAAACAGCUCUCUGGAUGCCUCGCUGCUCUUACUAGCCUCCUCGAGGCCUUUGGGACCACUGUGAUACCCCCAAAGGAGUUCCUCAGCUUGGGUGUUGAGGCAUGUGGGAGCACUGACAGAGGCGUGAAGGAGGCGGGAUACACUCUCUUGGUUGAGUUGUAUCAAUGGCUGCCCGACGUCGAGGCCUGUGGCAAUGGUUUGGCGGAUAACCAAAUGAAGGAGUUCAAGACUCGCUGUGAGAGGUUGGGGGAAUGCCAACCAAAAACUCCAACGAGGUUUGCCUUUGGGGUCAAGCUACCAGCGGAAGGUGCGACGGGUGCUGUGAGCCCGGGGGCCGUCGCUCAGUCGACUGAAGAUGCUGCGUACGACAUGUUACAGCCGCAGGACAUCUUCAAGAUGCUUCCUAAGGACUUUGUCUCACAGGUCACCUCUGCGACCAAGUGGGUGGAGAAGAGGGACGCCAUCGGCCAACUCACGGCCCUUGCUAAGAAGCACAAGAAAAUGGUAACCGCUGCUGCUGCUCUUGUGGGCCCCAAGGUCCGGGAUGGUCAUGAUGGGCCUUGCCGUAGUGCACUGUGUGCGGUGGCCAAUGGGCUCCGAGGGGAGAUGCCUCACAGUAGGAUGCUGUUGUUGACGAUGCUCACGAAGAUCAAAGAGAAAAAUGCAGGAGUACUGAGGCAGGCCAUUGGGUGUAUCGACGCCCUGUUGAAGUACCAGUCGUUGUCGCUGGACAAUCGCCUGGUCGAGGACUUGGCAGGCGUCAUUAAUGACAAGAACCCCAUAGGGAGGCGAGAGGUGCUCGGCAUAUGCUCUCGUGCUUUACCGUUCGUCUCAGCGGACCUGCUACUACCAAUGGCGGAGACUGUACUCUUGCCGUGUCUCGAUGAGUCCGACAAGACGGUCCGGGAAGCCGCCUGCACCCUAGGGGACCUUGUGGGCGUGGUCCUGGUCCUUAGGGCCUCUUAUCAGGAGCGUUCAGAUACUCACUAG